GUGAUGCAGCCUCAAGCCUCCAAGGCCAAAGGCCAGUGAUUCAAUCGGUCGCUACUACGGACCAGAACCUCUUUUUUAUCGUUCAAUGUUUUCCCCUCCCAUUUCUCUAGUCCUUUCUCCCGCAUAUUCGCGCAUACCUCAGACAUAUUACAGAAAAACCCAAAAUCACCGAUUAACAAUCAUGGGUUCAGCUGGCAAAGAAAAUGAGGAAACUAUCUCCCGUAAUGAUUCGUAUUCCCCAAGACUGGCACCGCGGAGUUGCAGCACUGGCCAGCAGGUGGACUCACAACAAACACAGCAGUUGAUGGAAGAGCUCAGAAACUGUGGCUGGGAACAGCUGGAGGAAAAAUACGCAAAAACCAUGGAGGAACAUGGUAAAUCUGAAGACGAAUUGCGAGCGCAAGUCGCGAAAUUGCUGGAGGUCUUUGUAGCAUGGUCUCAAACUACUGUUUUACGCGACGAGGACAGAGCCUUGAAAAGGUUUAAGACACAAAUGCAGCACGUACAGAACUCUGAAGAAAGAUUGGAAAACAAAAGGAAGCAUUAUACCGACGUGGUAAAAGCGUUUGAAGGUGCUCUUGCAUUGCUGAACGGCCGUGCAAGGCCCUAAAUACCGCGCAGGUGCUGCUGGGACAAGGGAUAAUGACCUACCGUCUCAUUUCAGUUAGGGUCUGGGGUAUGGAUGAGCUAGGGACAUUUGAUACCCAGGUUGUGUUGUUGCGGAAGACAGCAACCGAUUUUUCCCAUUCUACAUGCUCGGACAAUGGAAGGCAGAGACUUGUAUGGUGUGUCAUGAUUGGAGUGACAAUGUAGAUGGCAGUAUUUUUCACGAACCCCAUAUGUAUGCAUGCCAUGUUGGGAGCAUUGGGAAAACAUAUAAUGAAUUGCCAUGAAAUCUUCAUUUAGUCAAGCAUGAAAUAGUAACGUAUUCAUACAGAACAUUCC